GUUUCACACCCGACAUUACAACAACAAGGCAGGGAGCCGAGCUGGGGCGAAGAGACGACCGUUACACAAGAGUAAACAGAACUGUCACCACAGAAGAACUCCCAUCGCUGUAGUUGGAAAGCACCAACUUCCCCCUGCAGAUGAGACAAAUGUUGUAGAGGGGGAGCAACCCCCCACCCACAGCGGGGACAGUGUUUGGUGUGUUUCAGCUGAGCCCAGAAUGGAGGGGAUUUGAGGGAGCUUCCUCCUCAGGUGUGUCCUGAGUUGUGACACUCCAGCUCUCCUGAGCUCCGGUUCCUCAGAGCCCACCCUGCUAGUAAUAUGAGCCAUGGAGUCCUGGGCAGUUGAUAGUCCUGUAACCCUGGUCAUUAAGGCCCCCAACCAGAAGUAUGAAGACCAGACCAUUAACUGUUUCCUCAACUGGACUGUGGAGAGGCUGAAGAGUCACAUCUCCAACGUGUACCCCAGCAAGCCGCUGUCCAAAGACCAGCGGCUGGUGUACUCCGGAAGGCUCCUUCAAGACCACCUACAGCUUAGAGAUGUGCUUAGAAAGCAGGAUGAAUAUCACAUGAUGCAUCUAGUGUGUACCUCUCACAGCCCCCCAGCCUCACCCAUGCCUCGGAGCCCCUCCACGGCCAGCUCUUCUGCUUCUGACUCUAGCAGUUCAGACAGUGCCGGCUCCACCUCUCCUGCCACCACACCAAAUCAGGACAGUCAGCCAGCCCCCUCCUCUUCCUCCUCUGUCCCAGGAAGUUAUGAUGGCCUGAGGUAUCGUGGCGGCUUCCCCCAGUACAACCCUCAGAGCCCCGCUGGUGUCCCUCAGUGGCCGGAUGGAGCCCAGGUCCCUUUACAAGGCCACCUCCCUGCCAACAUGCCCCCCCACCCCACGUACAUGCCCAUGCAGAUGCUGUGGUGGCAGCAGAUGUAUGCUCGCCACUACUACAUGCAAUAUCAAGCAGCUGUAGCCGCCUCUCAGCCUCCCACCACCUCCCCUCCUUCCUCUCCCUCCUCCUCACCCCAUCGACCCGCCCAGCCCAAUGAAGCCGUGCAGCCCCCGCUGGGGCCCAACCCGGCCCCCAACCCUUUACCAGAGAACCAGCCGGCCAACCCCAACAUCCAGAUGAAUGCGCAGGGCGGGGCGGUGUUAAACGAUGACGAGCUGAACCGCGAUUGGCUGGACUGGUUGUACACAGUGUCUCGUGCCGGCGUCCUGCUCAGCAUCGUUUACUUUUACUCCUCCUUUAGCCGCUUCGUCAUGGUGGUUGGCGCCAUGCUGCUUGUCUACCUGCAUCAGGCUGGUUGGUUCCCCUUCAGACCAGAGCAGCAGAACCUCAGAGGAGGAGAAAGGGCCAGAGCUCCUCAGGAGGAAGCAGAGAGACACCAGGACAUACAGGAAAUGGAACGUCUGAUGGACGAGGGGAUAGAGGACGAAGACAGCGGUGAGGAAGGAGGUGGAGGCCCUGAGGACCCGGCUGCUGCAGCGCUCCCCGAACCAAGCUUCCUCACCACCGCGUGGUCCUUCAUCAGCACCUUCUUCACCUCGCUCAUCCCAGAGGGACGGCCCCACCCGGCUAACUAGGCAGACCCUACCCCUCUACCUGUCAUACACCCCUCAUCCCCCUGCCAGCAGGUACCGCUCUACAGAAGUAUCACAAUCCCCACCUUCAUUUUUACUGUCCUAAAUACCCCAAACCAUCUUCAGAUGCCCGCAUAUGUUCAAAUCCCAGACCGCCAGGCCAGUCGGCAACAAACCUCCGACAUGCUGCCAACAAGCAGGCAGGUAUUUAAAACAGGCUCCUCUGAAGUUUGAGAGCAGAUGCAGUGAGUUCUGCAGGAUGGUAGGAGAAUAAAGGAACAUGUAGAAAGUCAAUCUCACGUUGUGUUGAUGGAGCUUCAGCAGUGAAAGUUAUUUUUUUUUCUUUCAUCGUUGGUGAAUUAAUGAGACGUGGCAAAGGUGAGUGACGCCAGAGGGAGCUGUCUUCCAUUUUAAAUAAGCAGUGAUAAGGUCAUGCUUUUUAAACUUUCCAAUGAUGGAUGUGAAUCAAAGAAAAGAAAACAAAACCAUGAAUCUCCCUAAAAUGAGAAGGAGACGUGUGUCCUAACAAACCAUGAAAAACCACAUCCCCAAAGACAUUCUCAUGUGUGCACACGACGUGCACAAAGACAUUGCAGCUACUGAAGCACAUUGUUUUCCCACUUUGUGUAUUUCAACAUUAUUUACACAUGUAAGUAUAUGCAUCUUUAAUUCCUGAAUAUAUGCUUUUUUGAAUAAAAAUCUUGCUGCGGUUCGA